AUGCCUGACACUGCAUAUGACGUUUUCUGCGUGGACUGGUACAGCAGCCAGUCCAAGAAGGAUUUCGAAAUCAUCCCGGCGUGUACCGGAACUUCCGGGUGCGGCCUUGUUAUUGAGACCUCGUCCGUAUCUGGUGGAAGAAUGCACCAAGUCUUCGGCUUGGAGGACUUCUUUUGCGUGCUUCUGCUCCUAGCGUACGUUGGCUGGAGCUAUGUUUUCCAAAUCUGCCAGGUACUGCAUGAAACUGGUGCAGCUGUCUUGGUAGGGCUGAUUGCCGGCUACAUCAUGAAGGCCUGCUCUGGCCGAACAGCUACAUUUAGCUACGACAUGUUCAGCUACAUGCUGCUUCCGAUGGUAAUCUUCGCUGCGGGUUUCAACCUUGACAAGCAGAAGUUCUUCCGGUUCGGCGGCUACAUCUUUGCACUGGGAAUCACAGGCACAGUUUGCAUUUUCCUGCUGAUUUACUUCGGCUCUGUGAUCUUCACCAUACGCCCUGUGAAUGGUGAUCCGUUUGUGAUUCCGGCACAGAAUCGCCUUAUUCUCGCUUCGGUCCUGGCAUCGACAGAUACCGUGGCACCGAUGGCCUUUGUUUCGGCCACGGACUUUCCUCAACUGUAUGCGGUCAUCUUUGGAGAAGGCGUGCUCAACGAUGUCGUGUCCAUCCUGCUCAGCACCUCAGUGGAGGAUGCAACAUCAAUGCCUCCACUGCUCGAACUCUUCGCCCGCUUGUUCAAAGUCUUCCUUUGCUCAUCUGGGUUUGGCAUUGCCUUCGGCCUUGCCACGUCGCUGCUGUUCAAGCAUGCGAAGCCCUUGCACAAGGAGGUCAUGAAGCCUGUGGUGCUACUGUUCGGCUGCAACUACGCUUGCUGCUUGGUCUUUCUGGAUUCUCCAUUAGAUUCCUUUUACCGUUCGCCGUCUUGUGGUCCAAGACCUGAAGCCUGA